GACAGACAGGCGGAGCGGCCGGCGGGGCCCAGCGGCACCGGAGCCCCGGCCCGGCGGGCACAGAAAAUGCUCUGAAGGUGACCUGGACAGCACCUGCUGGAACUAAAGCUGCCCAAAGCAAGUCCUGGUGCAGCCAGGGCCUGUUUGUGGUGAGCAGGGCAGCUGUGCAAGGCAUGGGCUCAGAGAACAGUGCUCUGAAGAGCUACAGCCUGCAGGAGCCGCCGCUGACGCUGCCCAGCGGGCACAGCAUCCACCCGGCCGUGCUGCAGGAUGGCAAGCGCGCCUCCGUCUUCGUGUACAAGAGGGACAGCCAGGACAAGGUCAACAAAGCUGCCAAGCACCUGAAAACCUUGCGCCACCCCUGCCUCCUGCGCUUCCUGUCCUGCACCGUGGAGGCCAACGGGAUCCACCUGGUCACAGAGCGGGUGAAGCCCCUGCAGAUGGUCCUGGAGACACUCUCUGCUGCAGAAAUCUGUGCAGGCAUCUACGAUGUGCUGCUGGCACUCAUCUUCCUCCAUGACAGGGGAAACCUAACUCACAACAACGUCUGUUUGUCAUCUGUGUUUGUGAGUGAGGACGGGCACUGGAAGCUGGGAGGAAUGGAAACAGUCUGUAAAUUCAGUGAAGCCACCCCAGAGUUCCUCUGCCACGUGAGGUCGGUGCGGGACCAGUCGUGCAUCCCCUGCGAGGAGAUGUCUGCAGACUUCAAAAUGCUGCCCAGCAGCUACGGGCACGCGAGGGACGCCUACGCCUUUGGGACAACAGUUGAGAAUCUCCUGACAGUUCUCCAUGACCAGGUUUCAGCAGAUAUUCUCUCCAGCUUUCAGCAAACCUUGCACUGUACACUGCUGAAUCCAGACCCAAAGUGUCGCCCACCACUGUCCAGCCUGUUGUCUCACGAGUUCUUCAGGAAUGAUUUUCUGGAAGUUGUGAAUUUUCUGAAGACCUUAACACUAAAGUCUGAGGAGGAGAAAACUGAAUUUUUCAAAUUCCUGCUGGACAGGGUGGCUGGAUUGUCAGAGGAGCUGAUUGCAUCACGGCUGGUGCCUCUCCUGCUCAAUCAGCUCGUGUUUGCAGAACCUGUAGCUGUCAAGAGUUUUCUUCCUCAUCUGCUGGGCCCAAAGAAAGAGCAAAGUGGGGAGAGCCAGCCCAGCUGCCUGCUGUCACCAGCCCUGUUCCAGGCCCACGUCAUCCCUGUGCUGCUGAAGCUCUUUGAGGUGCACGAGGAGCACGUGAGGAUGGUGCUGCUGUCUCACAUCCACGCCUACGCCGAGCUCUUCUCUCGGGAGGAGCUGAAGAACAUCAUCCUGCCCCAGGUGUUGCUGGGCCUGAGGGACACCAGUGACUCCAUUGUGGCCAUAACCCUGCACAGCCUGGCUGUCCUUGUCUCCCUGCUUGGGCCUGAAGUGGUUGUGGGUGGAGAAAGAACAAAGAUCUUCAAAAGCUCUGCACCAAGUUUCAUGAAAACUGCUGAUCUCUCCCCAGAAGGUUCCCCCAGUCAUGGUGUGAUCAAUCAGAGAAACCAAACCUCUCAGGCCCUGAAGAGCAGUCCCAGCUCUGCAAAUUCACCUGGCCAAAAGCUUCCUGUGCAACAGGACAAUCCCCUGGCUGCACAGACAGGUGAGCAAGGCACUGAGCCCCCCCUGAAUGGAAUUCCUGGAAGCAUGAAUACCCUGGGGAGCAGCAGGAGCUCUCUGACUACCUCAGAAAAGCCAGCAGAGGAGUGGCCAGACUGGAGUGAGCCAGAGGAGACAGACCCUGAGAAAACUGUGAACAUCCAGAUCCAGCCCCAGGAGCUGCAGGGCAGCACAGGACCUUACUUUGCUGAUCAUGAUGUGGAUGAGAAGCCUUGGGAUGACUUUGAACCCAGGAGCCCCAGUCACAAACUGUCCUCAGGAUCCUGCCCCACUGUGGCACAGGCUGGUGCAGCUGAAAGGCCUCUGCCAGGUACCCAGCAACUGAGCAAAGAAUUGAAAAGCCUCAGACUGAGUCCCCCCACAAAGCCUUGCCAUGGGAACAGCUGGAGCAAUGACAAGUGGGACCCUGAGGAACCACUGGGAGAAACUGUGCUGCCAAAAACCUUUCAGGAAAGGCUGAAGUCUUCAUCAGAGUCUGGCCUGGGAGAAGAAUUCACCAUCAAAGUGAAGAGGAAACCUGUGCAAGACCCAGAGCUGGACUGGUUUGCUGACAUGAUCCCAGACAUUAAACCUUCUUCCUCCCUCUUGAUUUUACCUGAGGCAAGGACAGAAGCAGUUAUUCCCACCCACUCAGGUGGGCUGUCCAGCAGAGAAGGGGCCUCCCAGACUGUGCUGUUCUCAUCCAAAUUUGCAGCAGCUGAUGUGAUUGAGGCUGAAGCUACAGGCUGGGGUGAAGAAGAGGAGUUGAACUGGGAAGAUGAUACAAACUGGUAACAGUUCUGAAGGAGACCAAGGUGAUAGAUGGCGUGUUGGAUCCUGUGACAGGAGCUGCUGCUUCCCCAGUCCAGUGGAUAUUAAAGUACCUCAGCACUGCUUUUGCCACAAGGCAGGCACUUGCUGCACAGCCACAAGAUCCUGUGGGGCCUGAGCUCUUGCCAGGGCUGCUCCUUCCCAGUCUGUGCCAAAAGCUGCAGGGGUGAGGCUGCACUCCAGCAAUAUGCCCAGCUGUGGUGCUGCCCCUGCUCCCAGAGACAGGACAGCUAUGGUGGUGAUGGUGCUGAUGUGCUACUGCAGGCCAAGAGUGGUGGGUGGAGGAGAUUGAUCCAGAACUCACCCCUUCCCUGAAAAACUGCUGACAAUAAAUGAAAGUCACACUGAGUUUUCUUGGUUAAUGUGCCUUUUUCCUUUGGUUUUCCUGUUUGGUUUCUUUUCCCUUUCCCAGAAAAAUAAAGCCCUUAGAAAUGGCUCCUUUUAACUUUUCAGCUAAGAGAUGAUUUUAAGAUGAUGUACAGUUUAUUCAACUUAUUUAUUUCUGUUUGUAUAGUUCUGUCAAUGGAUGGCUCAAGAGGUGCUGGGAACCAUUCAGUGAACAACCAGAAACUGCUUAAGCACCAUGUUCUUUCUGCUCUUAACUGUAAAGAACAAUAAAGAUUAUUUUUAAAUUAUCA